AUGGCCCCAAUUCGGCGCUAUCUCCGGAUCAGCAAGUACACCGUCCUUGAAUGUCGCAUCUAUCUGGAUAACCCGUCCGACUCGCGCUGGCUCCUGGAUGGCCGUGAUCCUGUUCUCCGACGCAUCUUUGCCGCCAUCCGGCCCCUAGUCCCGGCCAAGCUGCGCGAGGAAAACGAACGACUCUUCUCCCGGAAGAAAGGGAAGCCUGUCAAAGAUGUCAUUGCCGAAGGUAGGCUGCGCUUGCGCUGGACUUGGUUUGAACGGUGGAAGAAACGGACGUGGCUGACGCGCGACUUGGCAGAGGAUUUCGAAGUCUCGCUCUUCCUUCGCGAAUCGCGCACCCGUCAUUCGCUUCUGACCCGGUACAAGGAGUUUGGAGAUGAACCAGGUCAACAGGCGACCUCCGCUACUGCCGGGACGGCUGCGACCGGAAUUGUGAUCGAUAGCGACGACGAGGACGUGGGCCUACAUGACAUCCCGCAGGCCAGCGCCGAGGACGACGAUACACACUGCAAGCGGGGACCAGAAGCAGACGAAGAGGACGAGCCUGCGUCGAAGCGGCAGAGAAAUGAGUCGCCCGCCACCGAGGACAAGAAGCUGCGUUUCAGGACCAACUACGAGGGGUUCAAUAUCUUUGGCUGGGUGCUCUGCUUGCUUGUCACGCGCAAAGGGGGCAGACCCGGAGCAAGGAUGGCAUCUUCGGAGCCCGGACACCAACCUCUGCUGGAGGAGUGGAUUUCCUCCCAGGCUCCGGGCGACCUGGAUGAAGAAUGA